GUGGGCCUAAAUCUACCCGGCACGCCUUCUACCUCAUUGUGCGACAAGGAAGGCGAAUGCAUAUAAAACAAGGGCCGCAUCUGCCCUCUAGUCACCAGUCGUCACCAGUCCUCCCAGAGCCAUCACCGCCAUGAAGCCACUGUGCGUUGUCGUCCUGCUGGCGCUGUGCGCCAUCGCCGCUGCCAAGAAGAAGGAGAAGGUCGAGGGCCGUGGGGCUCUACUCGGAGCUGGAGCGGGUGGCUGCUGCCCCUGCACCGGUGGCCUUGGAGUCGGUGGCGUCGGCCUAGGCAGCGGUCUCGGCAGCGGCCUCGGUGGAGGCAGCAGCUACAACAGCGGUAGCUACAGCUCGGGCUACGGCUCUGGUGUUGGCGCGGGUGCCGGACUUGCAUCAGGCGCCGGACUUGCCUCAGGUGCUGGACUUGCCUCGGGUGCCGGACUUGCCUCAGGUGCUGGACUUUCCUCGGGUGCUGCACUUGCUUCUGGUGCUGGUCAUGCUUCGGGUGCCGGACUUGCCUCAGGUUCUGGACUCGCCUCGGGUGCCGGACUUGCCUCAGGCGCCGGACUUGCCUCAGGCGCCGGACUUGCCUCAGGCGCCGGACUUGCCUCAGGCGCCGGACUCGGUGCUGGGGCUGCUGGUGCUGGCCUCGGAGUUGGAGGAGCUGGUGUUGGAGCUGGCGUCCCUCUGGCCAGCCCCGGAGUAGGCCUUGGUGUUGGCGGAGUUGGUCUUGGAGGUGGCCUUGGAGGUGGCUUCGGAUCAUCCUCGGGCUACUCUGGCUUCAAGCAGGGCUCUGGAUUCAACAACCAGGCAGGAGCGAAUAAGGCCGGUCAGGGAAGCUUUGCCUACAACGUCGGCGGCUCGGAUAGCAACAAGUACGGCCACAGUUCCAGUUACGGAGACUCCAAGAGCUUCGGAAAGAGCGCAAGCGAGGGCUUCAACCGCGCCGCGGGUCAGGGAAGCCACGGUAGCUCGUUCAACAAGGCCGCCGGGGGAUCUGGAGCCCAGAGUUCCAGCUCUGGCAGCAAGGUUGUCUCUGGUUAAGCACUACAAGCGACGCCUGUGAUUCUUGUGCCCCUCCUUAACACUCAGAUGGUUGCUGAACGGCUGGACAACAACGGCUUGAAGAUUUAAAGUUUAUAGAUGCAGGAGAAGUGAUAGGGUGUACCGCAUAGUGAUACCUUUUUUUAUGUAAAGAAGUUUGUUUGUUCAUCCAAUGAAAUGCUGCCCUGCAUCAAUAAAGAGCCAUAUGUUACUAUAAAAGAA